UCUCGCUCAGCUCCAGCCCCCGCCCAGCGCGGAGCGAGGCGAGCAGCGCGAACAGCGGCUGCGCUCCACCAUGCCCACCUUGCUCAAGUGGCUGCUGGGGAUCCUGGGGGUCGCCGUGCUUGUCGUGGCCAUCACCGUGCCCGCGGUGCUGCUCACCCGCAAAGAGACCUCUUCAGGAAAAACAUACACUCUACAGAAUUACUUGAACAAUGACUAUACAUACAAAACACAUAAUCUGGAGUGGAUUUCAGGAAAUCAGUAUCUUCACAAAACAGAUAAUGGAGACAUCCUACGUAUCAGUGCUGACAGUGGAACAUCCUCAGUAGUCCUGGCAAAUACAACAUUAGAUAAGUACAAGGCAAGCACAGUUAUGUUGUCUCCUGACCAAAAGUUUGCUCUUCUGCGAUACAGCUAUACAAAGUUGUGGAGACAUUCCUUUACAGCUUCAUAUCACAUCUAUGAUUUCAGUAACAGUUCUAUCUUAUAUGAUGGACUACUACCUAAUGAUACACAGUAUAUAUCCUGGUCACCUGUUGGUCAUCAACUGGCAUAUGUUUGGAAUAAUAAUGUUUAUGUAAAAGCUUCACCAACAGCAGAAGCUGUGCAAAUCACUCAAAAUGGAGAAGAAAAUAAAAUUUUCAAUGGAAUACCAGACUGGGUUUAUGAAGAGGAAAUGUUUGGCACCAAUUCUGCUCUGUGGUGGUCUCCAAAUGGCAAGUUUUUGGCAUAUGCAUCCUUUAAUGAUACAGAAGUUCCUGUAAUAGAGUAUUCCCUUUAUUCUGAGGAGACCUUGCAGUAUCCAAAGACCAUUAAAAUCCCAUAUCCCAAGGCAGGAGCUGCAAAUCCAACUGUACAAUUCUUUAUUGUGGAUACCACAUCACUUCAAGAUCCCAGCCCUGUUGAAAUUUCUCCGCCUGCAGAAAUAAAAUCAGGGGAUCAUUAUUUGAGUGUUGUAACAUGGGUGACAGAUGAAAGGAUUUGUCUGCAGUGGCUCAGAAGAAUUCAGAAUUUUUCAGUCCUCACAGUCUGUGACUUUAUAAGUGGUAAUUGGUCAUGUCCAGAGGAAAAACAACUUACUGAGGAAAGUAAAACUGGCUGGAUUGGCAGAUUUCAGCCAUCUGUCCCUCACUUUGCACCCGACAAUGCUUCCUACUACAAAGUCUUCAGCGACUCAGCAGGUUACAAGCACAUCCAUUACAUAAAUGGCUCACAGGCUCCAAUAAAUAUGACUUCAGGAAAAUGGGAAGUAAUCAGCAUAGAAGCUGUAACCAAUCAAUUUUUAUACUACAUUAGUAAUGAAAAUGCAAUGCCAGGAGGAAGAAAUCUUUAUAAAGUGCUCUUGGAAAGCAAUCCAAAAAUUACUAAAUGUGUUAGCUGUAAUCUGGAUGAAGAUAGAUGCAAGUAUUAUUCUGUGUCCUUCAGCAAAGACACACAGUAUUAUCAGCUAAAUUGUCUCGGUCCUGGCCUGCCCAUGUCUACUCUGCACAGAAGCACUGAUGAUGGAGUCCUCAGAUACUUGGAAAAUAAUACUGAACUGGAAAAUUCAUUGAAAGAUAUUCAGAUGCCUUCAAAAUUAACUCAGACCCUUCGUAUAGGUGGAUAUGACCUGUGGUAUCAAAUGUUUCUGCCUCCUCAUUUGGAUUCAUCAAAGAAGUACCCUCUGCUCCUUGAUGUGUAUGCAGGACCCUGUAGUCAGAAAGUAGACCACGUCUUCCGGAUGAACUGGGCGACUUACCUGGCCAGCACGGAGCAGGUCAUUGUGGCCAGCUUCGACGGCAGGGGCAGCGGGUACCAGGGGGAUGAAAUCAUGCACGCAAUAAACAGAAGGCUAGGAACAUAUGAAGUGGAAGAUCAAAUAGAAGCAGCCAGAAAAUUUUCUGAAAUGAGCUUUGUUGAUAAGAACAGAAUAGCUAUUUGGGGUUGGUCUUAUGGGGGAUAUGUGACCUCCAUGGUGCUUGGCUCCGGGAGCGGCGUGUUCAAGUGUGGAAUAGCGGUUGCCCCCGUGUCACGCUGGCAAUAUUAUGAUUCAAUAUACACAGAGCGAUACAUGGGCCUUCCUACAGAAAAUGAUAAUCUGAAGAACUAUAAUAGUUCAACAGUAAUGGCCAGAGCUGAAAAAUUCAAGGAAGUUGAAUAUCUCCUUAUUCAUGGAACAGCAGAUGAUAAUGUUCACUUUCAGCAAGCAGCACAGAUUUCCAAAGCUCUCGUUGAUGCUGAAGUGGAUUUUCAGGCAAUGUGGUACACUGACAAAGACCAUUCCAUCUCCGGUCAAGCACAUAAGCAUAUUUAUACCCAUAUGAGCCACUUCAUAAAGCAGUGCUUCUCACUGCACUAGCACCAGCAUUUUGUUAGAUGGUACUUCUCCAGAAAACUCUCAAGAUUAUGUACUCUGAGCCAGUAUAAAUCAAGAUGAGAUCUUGAGAACUUCAGUUCUUGGGAUACCGGUGUACACAAUGAAAUGCUAAUCUUUAUAAUGAUUCCUGUUGCCAAGCAACUAUUGCAUUUUUACUGAUUGUGUUUGAUCAGGUCUUAACAUCACCAGAAUGAUGUUGCAGACUUCUAGGAAGCAUGGGACUUGCUUGAGUAAUUACCUUUUGAUAUUUCAGUCUAAAAGAGAAACAGUUUGUAUAUCCAGGGUAGUGAAUGAUAAAAAUGUCACAUGGUGAUCAUCUGCAGAAUAAAAAUAUAAUAAUGUUUCCAUCAAAAAUGAAAUUAACCCUGGGGUAAUUUCUGUGAAAAUAAUGAAGAAAUAUUUUUGCAAAAAUUCAUAAGGCUUGGUAAUUAUUAUCUUAGAAUUGGCAAUGUUAAUAUGUGCAGAAUGAAACACUUCAUACUGCAGUUCCUGAAGUGAGUGUGUUUUCUCUGCAAUCUCUUGUAUUACAGUUGUGGAACUCUUGCAAGGCAAGCAUGUCACCAGCUUUCACCAAAGAUUUUGAAUAAUACCUAAUCAAACCAAUGACACUGGAUUUUUUUGUGUGCUAUCAUAUAGUACUGUGAUUUUUGCUUGUUUUAUAGUAAAAAAGGCUGCUACUCUGGAAUCUGCACUGCAAAAUCUCCUCUGGAAACUUGACAAGACCCUCAUUUUUUUAAUGUAGAAGUUGGUCAUGUACUGAUGAACAGGAAGUGGUUCUUACACUCAAACAUAAAAUAUUACAAUGCAAACUAGGAGUCACUUAAAGCUAGGCCUGGACUGUGAACAUGCUCUUUGGAAAAACUGCUUUUCCUUACAGCCUACCAAUAAACGUCUGCUUUCUUUAAAGCACUCCAGAUAGGCUUCUCCAUCUAAUCUGAUGAUUAGUUUUCUCAAUUUCUCAUAGAAAAAAUGCAACCCACUUGUACUAAUAAUUGUGCUGCUUUAAAACAAUAAAUAUAUUAAUUUAUGAAAGAAAGUGUAGUCCAUAUCAUUGAAAAUUUUGCUUCAGAAAAAGAACAUUAGAAUUUUUUAAAAAUCUCCAUUAAUUUUGAGGAUGACUUACAGUGAAGCUUCAAUUUUGUGUAAUGGUAUCAUGUAAUGGAGUGUGACAUGAUUAUCUAACACUUAGCUUCUUGAUAUUACAUGCCAGCAUCUGAUUAUGUCUGUAUUGUGGGUUAUUAGUGACAUUAGGUGUGAAUAAAAAGUACUCAUGCAGACAGAUAAAGCAUGGGGAAGAAUGUUAAGACACUUUGUGCAGCUUGUCCUUAAAUGAGAAAGCCUCAAAUAGAAAGUCAGAUUUUGUUUUCACAAACUAACAAUUCCUUGACUCACAGAGUAAGAUUGAUGGGUGAAAUUCUUCUGUUUGUUGGGAUUUUUUUGAAACACACUGGAGCUGAGUUUUACAAAUGCCAUCUAGGAUACAAGGCAGUAGUGGCUCUAAUGUGGCACCACUGUUAAAGUUCUACAGAGGCUAGAUCACAAUAGCUCUCCUUCUUUUGACUGAAGGCAAAGAAACCUAAAUCAGUGUAAGGUAGAUCCCAGCAAUACAGGCAGGUUAUAUAAAAAAAGAUUAUCAUUAUGAUAUGGCUUGUGUAUGCAAGAGUAAAUAGUUAGAUUUAUUUUAAUGUUACUACUCACACUGUCAUAAAGACAAAAGAAACGUGUUUCUGCAAUCCAAAAAACUACUUUCACCAGGCUCUCAUUAGAUGAGUGCAAGACAAUAUAAUCAAAGAGGCAUUAAAAAAAAAUAAGUGAAAUUAGAAGUUUCAUGGUCUAAAUCUUUCAUUAAGAUGCAAUUCUUUGCAUCUGACAUACCUUAAUGAUUCUAGUAUCUCACUGGGGAACUCUUCUGUACUCUCAAUACAUCUUCCCCUUUUAAUUCUCUUAUCUGCACAGCAUAACGCAAUGCAAUGCUAAUUAUCUUUCUUUGCCUGGAAUGCAACUUCUAAGAUAUGCUGCUAAUAGACAACGAUACAACUUUCAAAACAGAACAAAGUUUUAUUGCAUGAGCACAGGUAAAUAACUGAAACUGAGGCAACAGAGCAUAUCUAGCUCAUUUCAUUAAUGUCCAAUGCCUGAAUUACUGCAACAGGCCAGUUAGCUACACACCUCCAAUUACCUUUUUUCUCUGUAUUUAUUUUCUUACUUGAAAUGGAUUAUUGAGUUUGUUGUAUAAUACACUUCAUGUAAAAUCCUAACAGAGCAGCUGAAGCUUGAGGUGUCACUGUUACCAUUCUUAGGCUGGGAGAUUUCUAGUCUUUGGUUUAAUAAUGGUUGAAGAAACUCAAAGGCGAUUUAGUAAGCUGGAGUCAGUACUGUAUGUAGUACUGUGUAGUACUGUGAUUUAUGGCCUUAACUUUUUUCAGUAGCAGCAGUUUAGGAUUCUGAGAAGAGCAGAGGCAUUUUAAAUUGUAUGACUUUACCUACUGGUCUCUAAAAAGAUCCAACUACGCCUGCUUGAUCCACAUCAGGAGAAAGGGGGACCAACUCAUGAGUAGUAAAUUGGAACUUCAUUGCCAUUCUCUUCCUGCAGCAGAGAGCUCUGAGCUGUCCCCAGUGUCACCCUUACUCUCAAGGUCAGACCAGGUACAUCACCUCCAGCUCCAGCUGGGGAGCCAACACUCACAGCCUUGCAUGCUUCAGUGAGAUCCCACCUGAAAGGGGAGCCAUGCUGGGCUCUGCCACUCACUGAUUGAUGAAGGAAGCACAUUCAGGUCAGGUGGACAUUUCAAAUACCACAUGAUAUUGCAAACCUCUUCUGGGUUUUGCAGUAUAAAAAUAAAAUGGAAAGUAAGUUAGGAUAAAUAUUUAUUUUCACAUAACAUAUCUUAAUUGUGAAAAACACAAUAGUCUAUUCACGUGUACACAUAAACUUCUGUAAUAAAUUACAUCCAAGAAAUUGAGUAAUUUUGACCAGGAAUAUGAAAUUAGAUGUAAAUAUAGCACUACAUAUGCUUUAUAUUUUGUGUGAUUUCAGAAUGUUAAGAUUAACAUUGGAAAAGCACUUAAAUUCACGCAAAACCAGAGUGUUUUAAAAUAAAACCACUCUGAAAUACUGAACAGAAAUACAGAAUGCCAUUGAAUACACUGAUUUCUUAAUAUUCUAAGAGUUGGUCAAAUGAAGCUAAUACAUUUUGAUUGUAUACAUUAUCUGUAACAAAGUCAGCAACAUGUUAAAACACCAUCAGGCUGCUUUCAGGACAAACCAGUAUUGAGCUUCUAUACUAACCUUUAAACAAUUGGAAUCUUACAAUUUAUCAUCAAGUACACAAAACAAAGCAUUUAACCUUAAUGCAUCAGCAUUUUUUUCCUAAAUUUACAUAUACAAACAUUGAAUUAGAUGUAAAUCCUUCUUUGUGUCCAUUACAUUUUUUUUUUCUCCAUAAAAAUGGCUUUUAAUGGGCUUUCAUAAUGCUAAGGUAAAUUUAGAACAGUGACCCUAUUAAGUUUGCAGCAAAAUGCAAUUAUAUAUGGCUAAAGUAUUAAAACAUACACACUCACAUACA